AUGUCCGCCGCGACCGAACUGGCGGGCGAUGCUGCGUCCUCGUCGUCCCAGACCGAGGUCGUGGAAGAAUCACCCCGCGGCUCCUCGUCCCCGAAACAAUCGCAACAAUCAGACGCCCUUGGCGCCAGCGGCCCCGGCUCCGCUGUCAGCAUUCCUCUGACCGUCACCAACUCCCAGGAAUCCCACGUCACCAGCUCUUCCGCUCAUGCUGUGACGCCUCCCGCGAGCGACAUUAGCAGCCAUUCCGCCCCUGCUACGGACGAGACCGACCACCUGCUGCAGCUCUCCACCCUUGCAGCCGCCCGAGACAGAAUAUCCAUUGGCACGGCUGCUAGCGUGUCCAGGAAACGCAUGGCUGAUGGCGAAGUCAAGGCCGGCAUGGCCAACGUGAGCCAGAUCAAAGAUCGCAGCCACGGCCAUGCCAGGAAUCUGAGCGCCGUCAGCGUCACAUCUACCGGCAGCACAAUAGGAGAGCUGUCUGCCGAGCUCAAGACUCGUCUUUCUUACGCCAUGGUCAAGGUCAAUUUUGGCUGGCAAGGCCACUCUAUCGAAGAAGUCGAAUCAAUGGCCGCCUCGCAAGCCGCCUCGCCUACUUCUGGCUCCUCCACUAUCCGACGACACAGCUCCUCUACGAGCCCACGUUUGGAUGUUACCGCGGCGUCUGCUCAAGUGCACCGCGCCCAGCAAUCUGCCAUUCGCCGCAAGUCUGAUUCCCCCAACUUGAUGUCCAACAUGAUGUCCAACAAGCCCUCUCUCGCCCCUCCGGCGACUAUUCAACCUUCUAUCAAUGCUGCGCGCUCUAACCCGCGUCGUAAUUCAAGCCCUCGAUAUACCCCCACCAUGCUCUCCCACUCUCAUUCGGCGUCUCCUCAUACUCCUGCUCAGCCAAUGGUUGUUGAUUCCCACCAGUCCCUGUCUCAGCCCGCGCGCAUGACCGAUCCAAUUCUAUUCCCGUCUCAUCAGAAUGUUAGGGAGCAAGAUGCCAUGGAAGCAUUGCUUUUUAUGAGCAGUCCUAAUAACUCGGCCAAUCUGAAGCAUACCUUUUCUCCGUCCGCGUCUCCAAAUCCUCAAGUUGGUGCCUCCAGGAGUAGCGUUGCAAGACACGCGUUACCCAGUGCACCUAGAAAGGGUCUUCCUGCGCAUAGACCGUCGAAUCUCAAUCGAAGAGCCGGAUUUGAUAGGUCUCCAGGGCUGGUCCAUCCUCCUGGAUCUCCCAUGGACGUGGAUUCGCCGCAGCACGCAUACUAUAGUCCCAAUGGUGCUACGCCAAAAAGACGUGUCAAGGGGACCAACAGCCAUUUGAGGGGGGCCCUUUCACUACCUACUGGGCUUGGUGCUGGCCAUGCUACUGCUAGGAGAGUCCUACGAGAUGAAGAUAUUGAAAGAAUGCUUGACCGAGCCAGUGCCGAAGCUGCUGACUCUUCUGAUGAUGAAGAAAUCCAAAUUCCUCGGUUGAGGAACGAGGUGGCUGGCAUGAUGGGAGUCCGUGGUUGA